AGACGGCGGUCUCACCCAAUAGAAUUGAAAAUAUACACUCUCGACUCCGUAAAACGCGGGAGUAGGCGCGGAGGCAGCCAAUGGAAACGCCGGGUAGGCGGAGCUGAGGCCUCCGGAGCGGAAGUGGACUGCUGUUGAGGCGGCGGCGUCUGGCCGGAGUGCUUCUCCUCAGCAGCUUCCGAAGGUGCUUCCUGAUUCGGACGCGUCGGCCGCGGCUCCGGCCGGACCAAACCUGCCCCAACCCCCGGAGCCAGGCUCGGGGUCGCCGCCUGCAGCCCCGGGGCCAGCUCGGGCCGCCCAAGGUCGCACGGCCGGCUGUCGCCUGCAGGACCCGGCCUUGGAGCUCAGUGACGAGGCGUUUGGGGACCUCUGGACUUGGCGGUGCGGAGAAGCCUGCGUGGCCCCAGAUGCCUCUGCUGGCCAGAGGAUGAGUGGGCAGCGGCCGUGAGCGGUGGAACGUUCCGCGUCCCUGCCAACCUUGGCUCAGGUCGCCUCCUCCCCUGUAGGCUGCAGCCAGAGAGCACCAUGAGUACGAGGAAGCGCCGAGGAGGGGUCUCGAGUUCCAGACCAGCCCAGAAGCGAGCUCGGGAAGCAGCCUCCACCCUGGAGACGACUCUGGAAGCGGAGCCCAUAGAGCUCGUGGAGAGCGCUGGAGACGAGAUAGUGGACCUCACCUGUGAGUCUCUGGAGCCCGUGGUCGUUGACCUGACGCACAGCGACUCUGUCGUGAUCGUCGAUGAAAGGAGGCGGCCGCGGAGGACGGCCAGGCGGCCGCGCCAGGACCACGCCGACAGCUGCGUGGUGAGCAGCGACGACGAGGAGCUGCCCAGGGACAGAGACGUGUGCGUGACCGCGCACCCCCCCAGGAGCACCGGGGAGGGGGCCUCGCCGGGACUCAGGCCCUCCGGCACCAUCAGCUGCCCCAUCUGCAUGGACGGGUACUCAGAGAUCGUGCAGAACGGACGUGUCAUUGUUUCCACGGAGUGCGGCCACGUCUUCUGCAGCCAGUGCCUCCGAGACUCCCUCAAGAAUGCCAACACCUGCCCGACCUGCAGGAAGAAGAUGAGCCACAAACGCUACCACCCCAUCUACAUAUGAGGCGCUGGGAGCUGCCGGGAGAGGGGACAGAC